AUGGUGAAGAGGUCGGGGGGAUCAGCCGUAGCCACCCCCACUUCUGACUGUCUUUCCCCUUUGGACUUACAGCGCAUCGCAGCUACUGUCAAAGAUCUGUUAACAACCGAAAUAGCUAAACUUAUUCAAACUGAACUUGCUCCUGUUAGAAAAGAAUUAUCCGAAUUAAUAGUGUCCGUGGACUUUCUGUCUAAUGAAUUUGAUAGUUUCAAGAAGGAUUUAACAUCUCAGAAGAGUGAAAUAGAAUCUCUCAAACGUGAAAUCGCUGAGGUAAAAAGUGAAAAUACGUUAAUUGAAAAUGAAAUGGCUGAACUUCAGCGGUAUACACGUAAAGACAACUUGAUUCUGUCUGGAGUUCCGGAAUCGAAGAAUGAAUCUGUGUUCGAAGUGUUUGACCAAAUAUCUAAUAUUUUGGGGAGCUCGAUGAAAUCUAAGGACUGCUUGAGCAUAGCUCAUAGGAUGCCUGGUAGGGUGCAGGGCGCAGUAAAACCCAUCGUCUACAAGUUCAUUAAGCGGCAGGACAAAUUAGCAUGGCUUAAUGACUUUAAAAAAAUGGCUAGUAAAGAUAAAUCUGGUCCGGGUAUCUCGACCAGUGUUGUGAACAAAAAGCUGCCAGCUGGGCGUAUUGUGGCUCACGACCACCUGCCACCUUUCUUCCUGGAGCUCUUCAAAAAGGCCAAACAACAAGCCUCCACCAAGGGAUACAGAUUUGUCUGGAUCAGGGACGGCAAGAUAUUGUUAAGGAAGGUCGAGGAAGGACAAGUGCUACAUAUUCGAGACGAGAAGGACUUGAGCAAGAUAACAUAA